CUCCAGCCUGUCUCGUCCUCAAAUUCAAUCCAAUCCCCUGUAAUAGUCGCGUUACAUUAUAUAUACAAUAUUAUAAUCUCUCUAUAUAUAUUCACUUUCACUUCAUCAUAUAUGUUAUUCAUACUUGUUCUCCCAAAACCAAACUCAAAUCCACUACUACUAAAUUUCAACCAACACUUCUACUACUGCUUUCUAAUGGAAAUCUUUUCUAAUUAUUCAGACCCAUUUCCAUGUGGGUCAUAUUUCUGGUCACCGGAAUCAUCGUCUGUGGUGUCUGAUGGCUGCUACACCGUCCUUGCCAAUUGCUCCGACGAGGAGGUUAUGUUGGCUAACUUGGCUUCCAGUCAUCCCAAGAAGAGAGCCGGGCGGAAGAAGUUCCGGGAGACUCGGCACCCGGUGUACCGGGGAGUGAGGCGAAGAAACGGCGGGAAAUGGGUGUGUGAGGUCCGGGAGCCCAACAAGAAGUCGAGGAUAUGGCUGGGGACGUUCCCCACGGCGGAGAUGGCAGCACGGGCCCAUGAUGUGGCUGCGCUAGCGUUGAGGGGCCGCCGGUUGGCUUGCCUCAAUUUUGCUGACUCGGCAUGGCGGCUGCCGGUUCCGGCGACGGCUAAUGCCAAGGACAUCCAGAAGGCUGCAACCGAGGCGGCUGAAGCUUUCCGGGUGUCGGAAGAUCAAUCCAACGAGGUUUCCGGUGACGACAUGAUGCCGGAAAGAACGACGACGUUACCGGAAAAAGUGUUCUUCGUGGAUGAGGAGGCGGUUUUCGGCAUGCCGAGAUUGCUUGCAAAUUUGGCUGAGGGGUUGAUGCUACCUCCACCUCACUCGGGAGGAUAUGGGCAAAAUGAGAAUGACAUGGAAGCUGAUCCUGAAGUGUUCUUAUGGAGCUAUUCACUUUAAUUUGAUUUUAUUGAUUCUUAGAAUUUUUAAUCCGUACUUAAUUUUUACCAAGUACCGGAUUUGUAAUUGGAAUAGGUAAGAAUACAGUAAAUAUUUUUUUUUCAAAAAUACAGUAAUCUGUAGAUAGUGAGAAACGAUGAAAAUUAACAUUUUGAGUGAA